AGCGUAGCAGACAGACAGAGUUACAUUCGCAUUUUGAUAACAGAAGCCAUUCUCCCCCUCCCCCCCUCCGCAGUCAACCUCUAGGUCACCUUCAAAUUAUGGUACUGACAGAUUAUCUGCACAUCUGUGAUUUGAAAUCACCAUGAAAGGUAGGCUAAACUGGGAUAGUUAUGUAACGGUCAAUGAACUUACGGUCAAUAACCUUGACAGACGCGAACCACAAUAACGCGAACUGUGCGCGAAAUGUGUUCUGUGACUGUACCCGAAGCACAAUAUACGAUUCCGAGAGUUUAGUGCUCAGGGUACUGUACUUAUUAUUAUCGAAAGAUCUCGUUGCCAUGGCGAAGACAGUUGUUUAUCUACCGCGUAGAGUUAACAGUUUGUUUUGCAGUUAAUCUUUUGUUUUUAUCAAACAAUAAGCGAAUACAACAGUGAUUUCAGUUAAUUAGUAAAAUUAGAGAGUUCAAGCCUUAUUUGUGAUAGUUAAAAUUAUGUUAUUCCUUAAAACAAUUAGUGUUACAGUUGCUGGGACUUUUACUUUUACCAUCAGUUAAUUACAGACUAAUUUAAUUAGUGAAAUGAAUGGUGUCAUCUUCGGUAUCACUGACCUACCUAAGUAAUUCACUUAAGCUGGAACAAUCUUUUUUGAUGCGUCAUUGAUAAAAAAAAGACCUAAAUUAGUUUUACAUCAUGUAAGACGUACCUAUUGACCUAGUUUUGGUAACCUUUAGUGGUUUUUUGUACCGUGAUGAAUUUCCGGACAGAGCGUGAAGUGUGGAAGAGAAGUUUAAUCAUCACACAGACAGAGUUCUGGUAAAUCAGACUCUGAUAUGAAGCUUCCAAAAAUGGGCGGCGUCCUUAGCAAAUUGUUCUCUGCGGGAGACGUGCAGGCCGCGGGUUCGGUGCUCGAUCGGGUCAUAUCACAACCGAAUACAGAGGAACACACUGUAUUGUAUAAACUUGCGGAUUAUAAAAAGGGUGGGUUAUUGCUCGAAACGUACGCUCGCGGCGGCAUGGUGGCAGCGGAGAAGCUGAUUCGUGAGGAGUUCGCCGCGUACAUGUAUGCGGGAGGACGCGGCCGCGUCAUCAACCGCGCCGAGUACCUUCGCUGGAAGUUCCGAGACCAGGAGCAGGUGGUCCUACCAAUAGAAGCGUCUCUCUCCCCCCACGAUCCCCUGGCCAAAUGGGAAGACCACAUGGCCUGCUGGCAGAUGUGCUACCGCGGAGCUCUAGGGGAGUCUCUGUUGCACGUACUCAUCAUUUGCGAUACCAAGAUUCACACCAGACUUGCCAGGACUCUGGUGAAAUGUUUUCCAAAACUGUCUUCAGAUGUUGUGGAAGGAGAGGAAUAUCUAGGUGCUAGCUCCCUACACCUGGCAAUAGCGUACAGCAACAACGAAUUGGCCCAAGACUUGGUGGAGGCUGGAGCAGAUGUGAUGCAGAGAGCCAUCGGUAGUUUUUUCCUUCCACGCGAUCAGCAACGAGUACCUCCUACUAGACAAACGAACUACGAAGGUUUGGCGUACCUUGGGGAAUAUCCACUUGCAUGGGCAGCUUGCUGCGCCAACGAAGCAGUGUAUAAUCUGCUGCUGGACUCUGGGGCAGAUCCUGACGCCCAAGACUCUUUUGGGAACAUGAUUUUACACAUGGUCGUAGUUUGCGACAAACUGGAUAUGUUCGGAUAUGCUCUACGUCACCCGAAGGUGCCUGCAAGUAAUGGGCGUAUGAACAAAGCCGGGUUCACACCCCUCACCCUGGCUUGCCAGCUUGGCCGUGCUUCUGUAUUCAGGGAGAUGCUGGAGCUAUCAGCCAGGGAGUUUUGGCGGUAUUCUAACAUCACCUGCUCUGCUUAUCCUUUAAAUGCUUUAGACACCUUACUGCCAGAUGGGAAAACCAACUGGAAUUCAGCUUUGUUCAUCAUUCUCAACGGUACAAAACAAGAGCAUCUAAACAUGUUAGAUGGAGGCAUCAUCCAAAGACUGCUUGAAGAAAAGUGGAAGACGUUUGCAAGGAAAAAGUUCCUCAAGCGUCUCAUGAUCCUGAUGCUGCACCUGCUUCUCCUCUCCGUCUCCGUGUACCUUCGACACAGCAGCGGGGAAGCAGACGCCCACCCCAACUGGGGUCUGGAGGUGACGGAUGCCAGGAGUGGGAUCCGCCUGGCUUGCGAACUGGGCACCAUUUGCAGCACCCUGUGUUACAUUAUACUGCAGCAAGGAGACGAGAUCAAGAACCAGGGGAUGGUUGCUUACUUUAAGACAUUGAUCCACGAGCCAGCACAGUUCAUUUUCCUGGCCUCGAACCUGCUUCUCCUGGCCUGCAUCCCGGCGAGGCUCUCCCAGCAAACCAACACUGAAGAGGCCAUCCUCAUCUUCCUACUGCCAGGCUCAUGGUUCCUUCUUAUGUUCUUUGCUGGUGCCGUGCGCCUGACCGGGCCCUUCGUGACGAUGAUCUAUAGCAUGAUCACCGGAGACAUGUUCACCUUCGGCAUCAUCUACUGCAUCGUGCUCUUCGGCUUCUCACAGUCGUUCUACUUCUUGUACAAAGGCUUCCCUAAUGUGCAGUCGACGUUAUACUCAAGCUACCCCAGCACUUGGAUGGCUCUCUUUCAAAUUACCUUAGGAGAUUACAGUGGAAUGUACACGGAGCUGGGCCAGACCACAUACCCGAACCUGACGAAGACGGUGUUCGCGGUGUUCAUGGUGUUCGUGCCCAUCCUACUGCUCAACAUGUUGAUCGCCAUGAUGGGCAACACGUACGCGCACGUCAUAGAGCAGUCGGAGAAGGAGUGGGUGAAGCAGUGGGCGAAAAUAGUGGUCUCCCUAGAACGGUCCGUGGGCCAAGAGGACGCGCACCGCUUCCUGCAAGAGUAUUCCAUCGGGCUUGGGCCUUCUGAUGACCCCCGCUAUGAGCAGCGCGCCGUCAUGGUCAUCAAGUCCAAGGCCAAAACCCGGGCCAAGCAGCGGAAAGGCGCGCUUACUAAUUGGAAGCGCGUUGGCAAAGUGACGAUAGCGGAGUUACGGAGACGCGGCAUUAGCGGAGAGGAGCUGCGGCGGCUGAUGUGGGGCCGCGUGUCCAUCUCCACGCCCACUAAGGCGCCCCUGAAUCGUCGCGGUGCCGCGCCGCCGCCUGACUGUGUGGUGUCGGGAGACGUAGGCCUGGCCACUGAGGUCGGUACGGGAGUCGCACCCGCCUUGUCAUCGGCCCUGAACGUCAUGGCCUUUACGGAGCUGGAACUUAGCACUACUGGAACAAUAGUUUCAGACCCAAAUCAGAAGCAGCCAACGCCAGAUCUUCUCGUCAACGGCAAAGGUUCCAAGCCUUUAACCGUUCCUGGUCAGCCACAAGUGACGUCAUCGUCCAAUCUACUCGGCGUUCACACACCCACAGUGAAGACGUCAGGAAUUUCAACACCUACUGCUCCUAAGACUCCAAUAGUAACAAGUCCCCAACCUGGUCAAACUCCUGGGUUCGUGCCAGCCAAAACUCCAGGAGCACCAGGCUUAGCGACACCUCAACCUGGUCAAACUGGUUUCGUGCCAGUCAAAACUCCUGUAGCACCAGGCGUAGCGAUACCUCAACCUGGUCAAACUGGUUUUGUGCCAGCCAAAACUCCUGGAGCGCCCGGUGAAAUGUUGGGCGUGUCAGGAUUGACUAUGCACAAGACUCCAUCGACACCAGCUGCCCAAAUGCAAGGGAUCAACCAAGGAUUGGCUCAGAACGUGCAACCGAUUCCUAUAGUGCAGCCCCCACCGCCGCCAGUGGAAGUGUUCAGGGACUACCUGUUCGAGCUGGUCACGAUGGCCGCUAUCACAGAGCCGACUGAUCCAGCGUUGAGGAGCCUCGCCGAGAAGGCUGCGGACCUUGGGCAUGUGCCUGAGAUUGACAUCAGCAUCACUACCGCAGCGAAGUCAGCCCGCAAAAUGGUGGCGGGCGCAGUGUCGGGUCUCUUCGGAGUGGCCGCCGACGCGCCCACCGCCGACUCGGGCUGGCGCCGGGAGCGGCAAGACCUCAGCGACAGCGACCCCAUAUCAGAAUCAGUGCUCCUGGGGCGCGCGUCCCGCGCCCGCCGCGCUCGGUCCGCGUCUCGUCGCGCCCCGCCCCCUCCGCCUCACCUCUACGUGCCAGCAAGGUCCAUGUAUUUGGUGGCAUCAGAAAGCAGCGCGAUGGAAAGCGACGCCCCUAUUGAGGAUCAGCCAAGUUCGGGAAAUAGCUCAGCGAUAGGUGGUCGGCGAGACGAUGCAGCGAGGAUCAGGGCAGCGCGGCCACUCUGCAUCCAGCACGCCACAGGCGGACCCCAAGUGGAGCACUCAAUGUUUAUAGCAGGCCCUGGGAAUGGAGCUGAAGCAGAAAGCGGAGCCCCUGCGCCUCCGCCGAAGCAUUCGAGGAAGACGCGACCGAAGACUGCAAGAACGAGACGAAACCGAGUGUCUCCAGUUCCUGAAGCCACGAGUCCUUUGGAGCCCUGGGCGACCGCGCCGUUGUCCAGGCUCUCUAGGCUAAUACGGUCUUCGAGCGCCUCCACUGCGUCCCUCGCCUCCCGCUCCUCCAAUGAGUCUCCACAGAGGUAUUAGGUAACCAGGAUUUUAUACUAAGCACCCAAUGAUGAAGACUUCAAUGAGCAUAAAGUCUAGAUUCGAAACUCCAAAAUAAAGUUCUAACUUCGAGUUAGACAAAGCUACGUAAAUGAAGGGCAAUUAACCAAUCAUUUAAAUCUACAUUGAAUUAGUACUUAUUCUGUCUUGCUGUUCAAUUAAACUUAUUGGGAUCAAAGGCGGUUAGGUUAGGACAGAAUUUCAAAUUGACUUGAUUGAUGUAAAAUGAGCGCGAAUUGUUAACCAUUCAAAGAAGUUGUAAAUGUUGUAGGUAAUCGAGAAGAGUAAAUAAGUUAUGGAUGAUAAAUCAUCAUUAGGAUAAGAAAGUUUUGUAAUCUAAGUAAAUAAAUUAAAUUGGGACCCUAUUUACCUACAAACAUUCUAAACUCUUGGCUGUAAUAACGAUAUUCUGAUGUGUGUCUUCUACCAACUGUGAAUGUGAACUGUACCUAUUAAAAUUGAGCUGUUUCGUGUUUUUCUUACAAUUUCUAGAAGUAAGUAAGGACGGAAAGUAUAAAAUAUCAAAAUAUUAAAUUCUAUCAACAUGCUAAGUACCAAAAUCUAAAGUUAUUCCUGCCACAGCAUCAAGUAAAAUAUAAAAUAAACUGUCUUCGUUUUAGCUAAUGAUUUGUUUUCUAACUUUGUUUAUUAAACUGUUUAAUCUUUUUAGAAAUAAAUUACGUAACUUAUCUACCUACGUCCUCUUAUGUAGGUUUAAUUUACGAGUUUAUGAAAGACGUUGAUUACAAUUAAAAUUUUGCGAUUGUUUUAAUUUAAAUAUUUAUUUAGCAUUAAAAUAAGCGUAUAUGUAAUUAAGUGUAAGUUGUACGUUUAACAAUUUUUGUAUCCGUGCAUUUGAGGUCUAGUCGUAAGUAUUGAGUUACAAGUAAAAUGUAAGUUAUAUUAAAAAGUAGGAUCUACAAUGAAAUAAAACAAGCCCAUUACAUGCAAAUAGUUUAUUUCGUCCGGCGAUACGUCCAACUGUGAAAAUGAAGUGACGGUAAUAGUGCAAGAAAUAAAUAUCAUAGACAAUUAUUACAUCAUCAACAUCACACAGUAAGUAAUAAAUAAGUAAUUUAUCAAUUUGGGCAAAUAUAUCAGUAAAUAAUAAUAAAAAAAACAUAAAAAAUUAAUAUUGAAAACUAUUAAAAAGUUAUGCAAGUAAAUGGUAACACACACAUUGUAAAAAAUAAAACAGUGAUGCGCCGAAUAACUUUUCAAUUUUCGAUUUCAAUUCAAGUUUUUCAAAUGCCAAUGUGGACUUUCUAAGACGAAAAAUUUAAAUAAAUCCAGCGUUUGCUCUUGAAAAUCUCGAAUCAGAAUUGGGCGAAAUCUUAAAAUAGUCAUACGGUGCAUCAAAUCAAUAAAAAACAAAAAUAAAACAGAAAAAUAGUAAAAAUCGGACUACGAAACACGUAAAAUGUAAUCAAAUUGCUAGAUUAUUUUAAAUAAAUAUAUUUGCCUCUAUAGAUUCAUUCUAUGACGACGGGUAUUUGACACCACCAAAAACCGAUAUUAUAUUUUUUUUAUCAUAUUUUAUUUGCAGACUUUAAAUUUAAAUGCAAUAGGUUCUCGAAGUCAAGGUAAGUGUUGCCAUUUAUGUAAAUAAUUAGUUUCCUUUUGAUGAUAUCUUUUCAAGUAUAAUAAAAUUAUGGUAUUUGUGGACGGUGUCAAGUACCAAAUUAUCUAAAUGACUAAGCGACGUAGAUAAUGAUAUUACUAAUUAAUUUAUUUAAAGUUUCACUAGCACGUCUAUGUAACAUAAUUAUUUAUUUGAUGUAUUCAUGUGUUUUGAGAGUUUGUUGUACGAAAUUUGGGAAUAAAUAUUUUUUAUGAUAGACGAGUUUUAGUGUUACCCUACGAAUGAAAGUUUUAUUACAUAAUAUUUUGUUUUUUUUUUUAAUAAUUUCCAUGAUCAAUGAUGACCUCAAAAACCAUCAGUAUAAACUAGCAUCAAACUCGAUUUUGAUAAAUAAUGUUAGUGAAGUAUACUGCAAUGAUCCUAACAUAAAAAUAUGAAAAAGUGUUCACAAGUAACUUAUUUUUAUUGUGUUUUGUUAGAUCACUGAUAUAAAAGUGUGUUAGUUAUUCGUAUUCACCCUGAUAAAACAGCAUAGACCUCAAAUUUCCCCAUUUUAUGAUCUCUUGUUAGCAGAUUUGUGUAAAAAAAAAACAUUUCAUUUUAUUAACCAUUGAAAAUUCUACUAUAUUCUUUCAGAACUUACCCAAAUGCAGUCGUUAUACGUUUACCAUUCGCCACAGAGGGUCCCGUUCUCCUCCAAAGGCAUUCCAAGCGUUAACUCUCUUACUUUUCGAUUACUAUUACGUAUUUUGGUCUCCCACCUUUAACAGACCGACAACAAACAGGGCAGAGAUGAAUCACAACAUGAUAUACGAAGACAUUGCAAUGCAAUACAGUUCAUAUCAAAAUCAAAACAGAAAUACAUAGCCAUAGAGACAAGAAUGUGGUAGAAAAUUGGUCAUACAGUAACGGUCCGGGCGAGGGCAUUGCAGUGGCGGUGUCCGCUCGGGCUGUGGGAUUCAGACCGAGCGCUCUUGCCCGCUAACUAGUAGCUGUGAAAGGCACAUGAUAAAAAUGCAAAUAUCACACAAAGCCACAUAAAUUCAGUUCACGAUUGAAAUCUCUACCCAAAUUCAGAUCAUAAAAAAGUCAAGUAUGAAUCGGAACAUUCGUUCAAAUGUAAAAACAGUAUACACAACACGGUUGUGUGUACACAAAGUAUGAUGUGUAGUGGUUCAACACUAAAUAAAUCAACAUGACAGCACAGGAGAGUGUAUACGACAGUUAUCAUAGGAUUACUCACCUUCGGGGACUGUGGAGAGAAAGCAUUAUUAUAAAUAAAAUGAACACAGUCAAUUAACAUACACUUUAUAUCUUAAAAAUUAGUACAAGACCAGCGCACACCGCGGCGCUGUCGGGCGACAGCAGACAAUGCUCUAGGAAUGAAGAUCCACUUACAUUACCUUGGUUUAGCGAUUAUUUUACAUUUAAUAUCAAUUAUGAAUUCUAG